UCGGCCCACGAUCGCGCCACCGGCCCCGCCGGCCCCGCCCCUUCCGCGCGUUCUGCUUGGCGGCGCGGCCUGGCGGGGCGGGGCGGCACGUGCAGGCAGCGCUUUUAAGGCGGGCUGGGGCGGCGGGGGUGACGCGGGAGUGAGCGAUGAAGCGAGUGGUGUUGGUGACGGGCGCCAGCGGCGGCGUUGGGCUGGCGCUGUGUCGGCGGCUGCUGGAGGAGGAUGGCCGCAUCCAUCUCUGUAUCGCCUGCCGUGACACCCUGAAGAGCCAAGCCACGCGAGACCUCAUCCUGGCCAACCACCCCGAUGCUCAGGUCUCGACUGUAGAAGUGGAUGUGGGUAGCCUGGCUUCUGUCCUGCGUGUUGCCCGUGAGCUUCGAUGCAGGUUUCAGCGCCUGGACUUUGUCUACCUCAAUGCUGGGAUCAUGCCCAACCCACAAGUGAACUUCAAGGCACUCUGGCAUGGUCUCUUCACUGGGAAGGCGCUUCAUAUGCUGACUACUGCAGAAGGCAUAAUGACCCAGACAGACAGGCUUAAUGGAGAUGGACUGCAGGAAGUGUUUGCUACCAACCUCUUUGGGCACUUUAUCUUGGUUCGUCAACUUGAGUCUCUACUCUGUGGUAAUGAAAAACCUUCACGACUCAUUUGGACCUCUUCCAGCAAUGCCAGGAAGUCUGCCUUUAGCCUUUCUGACUAUCAACAUGCCAAGGGACAGGAAUCAUACAGUUCCUCCAAAUAUGCUACUGACCUGACAAGUGUGGUUCUGAACAGGAAAUUUAAUAAGCAGGGUCUGUAUUCCAGUGUUGUUUGCCCUGGUCUUGUUAUGUCUAACAUGACCUACAGAAUUUUGCCUAUUUUUCUAUGGAAGCUGCUAAUGCCCAUCAUGUGGUUGAUCCGCUUUUUUGCCAAAACUUACACUCUGACACCGUAUAAUGGAGCAGAAGCUCAUGUGUGGCUAUUCAAACAGAAGCCAGAGUACCUGGAUGCACUCGUCAAAUACCACAGCUGUACUUCUGGACUGGGGAAGAACUAUGUGGAGCCCAGACAGAUUGAUGUGGAUGAAGAAAUUGCCGAGGAAUUUUACCAAAAGCUGUUGGAACUGGAGAAGCAGGCUCUAGAGAGAUACAGUGAUCUCCUAGAUUAAGUAAAGACAGUCUUGGUGGGAUAACAGUCUUGUAUUGGUAAUAUGAACUUUCUUCAUUCUGGUGCUACUUGUGUUGCCUGCUGUUUUGCAGGCAUGUGGCUUAAGACCCCAUCUUCUUUCUCUACAGAAGAUGAACAGUUCCUGAAAAUGGAAAUGUGAAAUCUGAAGAGAAAUACUUAGUCUUUCUCGUAUCUGAUAUUUUUCUGGCAUAAAACUGGAGACCUACAGCAGGUGGACUGUCUUAACACAGUUGCAAAGCAAUGUCUCGUGAAAACAUGACUGAACUCUGCACAAUUCAGAAACAUCAUCAAAAUUUGUUGCUUAGUGCAGGAGAGGCAAUAGUCUGGGGUGCUGCCCUGAGUCUUGGCUGUACCAGUCUUUCUAGAUGGCUUGAACACAUUACCUCUGUCUGAUCCUGAAGUACUUGAAGGCCCAUCUUCAGAGGAGCUACUCUUCAUUUGUAAGCUGAAGCUUACAUUCCAAAUGUGCUUAACAAGACUGAACCUUAUUGGAAGUCAAGCCCUGCACAGCAUCUGGAGUUAAGCUCCUGAAGAGCUUGGCUGAGAAGUACAAUCCUUGCCUCAGCUGUGGGGAAAGACACAUUUCUGGCCCCUGGAACAUAUGUUGUAGUCACAACUGGCUGAAAAGAGUGAAGCUGUUGAUGUUAACAAGAGUGAGAGGUUACCACAUUUUAUCUAUUUAACUUUUAUAUAAAUCUACUGUAUCGAGUAUUCUCCCUGCUGUAUGUCUGGGGAUCUUCACAAAAUACCUGGUGUACUUCAAAUGCUGCAAUGAAUAAAUUACUGGAACUGACUUGUCUUUGCUGCAGUGUAUUCUCACUGGCUGCACUGCUGGCUGCUUUUGUCUUUGAAAGCUCAAAGGGAGUUUUGUUUCUGUUGCCUUGCACAAAUAGCCUGUGCGUAUC